AUGCAUUUACGUCCCGAUCAUACAGUCCGGGACCUCCCAACCCUCCACGCCUUCAUUAAACAACACCCGCUAGGCGUCCUCAACACUUCCCUUCCAUCGGAGAAUCACCCCACCCUCCAAUGCAGCCACAUUCCCUGGGUAUUGGACACUGAAAAAACCGCCGGACCGGAGUCAGCAAAGAAAGCAAAAGUAGCCGAUGACGACACUACAGAACAGCCACACUAUAUGGGAGUCCUUCGAGGCCACAUCGCGCGUCAGAACCCGCAAAGCAAAGCAAUGGUGGAAUGUGUCUCGGAGUACAGUACCAAAACAAUCAGUCUACCGGGCGCAUUUCCAAUAACAAGUUCGGAAGAAGAACCACCGAGAUCAGCAGACCAUGCACUCCCUGGUGAGGUGUUAAUUGUCUUCACCAGCCCUGUAGACCAUUACAUCACACCGAAUUUCUACACAGAAUCCAAGCCAGCCACCGGAAGAGUUGCUCCGACGUGGAAUUACGCCGCAGUGCAGGUGUACGGCCGGGCGACUAUUUACCACGACGCCAAAGACGAGCAAACGGAGUUGUUUUUACGACAACAGCUGAGUGAUUUAGCGCGGCUUGGGGAGGAAGAAAUAAUGGGAUUUCGAAAUGAGACUGGUUCGAUUUCGGGGUCUGCUGUCAAACACGGGGGAAGUGGAAGUGGAACUGGGAAUGGGGAGAAUGGAGACUGGGAUCCACCACGGAACCAAACCCUGAGUCAGUAUGAAGGUCCGGACUUGGAGCUCAGCCAGGGGGUGAAGACGGCGCCGACCGGAGCUAGCGGGCAUGGCAACGGUUCGGCAUUGGCAACGCCUUGGAAAAUUGGCGAUGCGCCACGGGAGUACAUUGCUGCAUUGCUGAAGAAUAUCGUUGGGAUGAAGAUUGAAAUCACGCGCAUUGAGGGUCGGUUUAAAGUGAGUCAGGAACGGCCGGUUAAUGAUCGUGGUGGCGUUGUUGCGGGGUUGGAAAGAAAGGGCGGGAGGGCGAGGGAUAUGGCAGAGUUUGUGCGGAGGGGGAAGCAUUUCGUGGCCAGUGAGUAA